AUGCCUCCCCAUACUCACCUUGAUGUGUCCCCUCCUUCGCCCGAGGGGCAUGUUGGCUAUCCGCAAGACGAUCCUGUAUGCAUUGUCGGUAUGGCAUGCCGUCUACCUGGUGGUGUAAGGUCGCCCGCCGACAUGUGGCAGUUUCUCUUAGAGAAGAAAUCUGCUCAAGGUAUUGUUCCACUGGAGCGCUACAACAUCAAGGGGUUCUACUCUGAAGAAGGUGAUAAGGCGGGUGUCAUGAACGUCGAAGGUGGGUAUUUCCUGCAGGAUGAUCUACCCAUGGUAAGCAAGCCUCAACCACUCACUUCAUACCCAAGUGUUCAACCUCCUAUCGAUGCGUACAAAUCACUCGAGAUGAUUCAAAACGUGCUUGUUACUGACACACCAUAUGCUGAGACACAACAGAUGGAUCCUCAGCAACGUAAGCUUCUUGAGGUCGUUUUCGAAUGUCUCGAGAACUCCGGCACGUCUCGCGACCAAAUGUCUGGCUCGAACACUGGAGUAUACGUCGGGAACUUUACCCAGGAUCACUUGCUCAUGCAGGUGCGAGACCCAGACGACCUGCGUCGCUACCACGCAACCGGAGCCGGCUUGACGAUGCUAGCAAACCGCAUAAGCCAUGCCUUCAAUCUGCAUGGCCCGAGUCUCACUCUCGACACGGCAUGCUCUUCGUCUAUCUAUUGUUUGCACCUUGCCGUCGCUGCACUCCAGGCCGCCGAGUGCGACGGCGCCAUUGUUGCGGCUUCCAACCUGAUCAUGAUGCCAACUCCGCACGUCGCGGCUAUGAAGGCCGGCAUGCUAUCUCCUACGUCGACCUGCCACACUUUCGACGUCUCAGCUGAUGGUUACGCAAGAGCCGAAGCUGUUGAUGCUAUCUACCUGAAGCGUCUCUCGACGGCCAUUCAAGACAACGACACGAUCCAUGCUAUUGUCCGGGGAACAGCGACCAAUUCCAAUGGACAUGGCCCUGGAGUGGUAUAUCCUAGCUCUGAAUUCCAAGAAGCUGUGAUGCGCAAGGCCUACCAGAACGCGAACCUUGACUUCUGUGAUACAGAUUACGUCGAAACCCAUGGCACAGGAACCGAGCUGGGGGAUAUUGUAGAGCUUACUGCCCUGGCCAGUUGUUUUUUACCAGGCCGCAGCGUCCCUUUGAAGAUCGGAGGCUCUAAGCCAAGCUUCGGACACAGCGAAGCAGCGAGCAGUCUCACAUCGAUAAUCAAGGUUGCAAUGGCCUUUCAGCACGGCAUACUUCCGCCUACCCGCGGUAUCGAAACGCUCAACCCGAAGUUGGAGCUGAGUCGCCGCAACAUAGAGAUUGUGACCAAGCCCCAAACGUGGCCGCGGGAUCUUCAGCGAGCCAGCAUCUGCUCUUCGGGUUACGGGGGUGCUAAUGCCCAUGCGAUUCUCGAGUCUUUCAGCAGCUACUGCAAGAAGACGACGAAGACCAGACUUCCUGUUGCUGAGGCAGGACAAUGCUUCGUUCUGCCCGUUUCGGCCGCAUCGAGGAAGUCUUUGGAAACCCGCGCGGCCGAGCUCUACCGAAUUGCCCGCUCUUGUGAAGCUCAUGAUAUCGAGAGUCUAUGUUACACUUUAUCAGAGCGCGUAACGUCCCUCGGGUGUAGAACCUCGUUGGUACUCACCAAGAGCCAGAACCAGCCAGCAAAUGAGUGGACACUGAACCCGAUCGACGCGCUUCACUCUGGUGAGCUUGAUGCACUCGACCUCGCGCUUGUUUUCACUGGCCAAGGAGCGCAGUACCACGGAAUGGGGAAGGAACUGCUUGACAAAAGCCCGAUAUUCCUUGCCACGAUUCGUGACCUUGACCAAGUCAUUCGAAAUCUUCCACCGCGAUACUCGCCUGAGUGGACUUUGGAAGACACGAUGCGAGAAAGUUCUGAUACGAGCCUGGUCCACGACGUGGCCAGAAGUCAACCUCUUUGCACAGCAAUUCAAGUUGCACUAGUGAACAUUGUGCGAUCUUGGGGUAUUGGCUUCCACUCAACCGUGGGCUACUCUUCGGGUGAGAUCGCCGCGGCCUAUGCGUCUGGUCUCAUAAGUGCAUCCCAGGCAAUACUGACUGCCUAUUUUCGUGGCUAUGCUGUAGCACGUGAACCAGCCCAUGGAGCAAUGCUCGCCUGCGGACUUGCCGCUGAAGAAGCCGAGUUGCUUAUUCACCAGCUCGGACUUUCGGAUCAGGUAUGCAUUGCAUGCAUCAAUGCAGCUAAUAGCGUGACUCUCAGCGGGUUGCGAGAACACAUCCACACAAUACACUCAGAAUUGAUCGCCCGCAAGGAGUUCUCCCGGCUCCUCGAGACAGGCGGGCAGGCAUACCACUCUCCCUGGAUGAAGGCCGCCGGCGCCGAGUAUGAGCAGCUCCUCAGGCCGUACUUCCAGAGUAGGGACCACCAGAGUCCUUCCGCAGCUAUCAUGUACUCUACUGUUAAAUGCAGCAACAACGGCCCGAUAACCAUUGAUCCAUCUAUGGACAUGGCGAGAUACUGGAGGGAUAACCUCGAAAGUCCAGUCCAGUUCGAAUCUGCUCUAAGUCAUAUGAUACAGAAGCAGAGAUUCCAUCUUCUCGAAAUCGGGCCUCGUUCGGCAUUGAAGGGUCCCAUCAGUCAAAUUCGUAUCGCGGCCCGACAGGAUGAGCAGGCAAUCCCAUAUUCGUCUUCGCUGAUCAGAAGUCAAGACGCCCAUCUUUGCAUGCAACGGCUAGCUGCGAGGCUUUUUGUACAUGGCCAUGAGCUGGAAUGGCAGGCCAUCAACUCGAUACCCGAACAAAGCCGCGUGGUGUUCCGCGAUUUACCACCGUAUCCCUGGGACUACUCGGCCGGUUUGCGUUGGUUCGAGCCUCGCGCAAGUAUUGAGUUACGCAACCGCACCUAUCCACGCCAUGAGCUGCUUGGAUCGCAACAGCUAGCCGGGAAUGGUGUGGAAUGGAGCUGGCGUAAUGUACUUCGCGGCGACGCAGUGCCGUGGCUUCGCGACCACAAGAUCGAGAGUCAAGUAAUCUUUCCGGCAGCAGGGUAUCUCGCUGUCGCUAUGGAAGCCGCGACCAGACUCCACGCGACACAAGCUGGGUCCCUCACCGAGCCCGCCGCAUUUGAGUUCGAAAAUGUGGCUAUCAACUCGGCCAUGGUGGUGCCUGACGAGGACGACCUCCAGAAGGUUUCUGUCGAGUUGCACACUACAAUGUCACUGCGGAAGAUAUCCGCUACGGCCUUCUCAGCUAAUAUCUACGACUUCACCAUUUCCUCCUGGGCCGCUGGACAGAGCGUCGUGCACUGUGUGGGAAAUGUCAAAGUAUCGGAUUUUUCCCUGGAGAAAACCGUAUCCAUACAUGAUGCCGAGCCCCAUAAGAACUGGACCAUGGAAAAAUGGCAGGAAAGAUUCACGGAGGAGGGCAUUUUCUUUGGCCCUUACUUCCGAUCCUUGACCGGCGUGCAAGCCGACAAAUAUCAAAUUCGAUCUGCUGCUCGAUGCACAACCCAAAUCCACCCACCCAAAACCAGACAUCAGACCACUCGUUAUGCGGUACACCCCCUGACGAUCGAUGCUUGUCUACAAGCUACUCUAAUAAGUGCUUCUCGCGGAAAUCCGGACUCAUUCCGGGGUUACGUGCCCGUUUUCAUCUCACAGUGCCGCAUCCAGAGGCCGCAGUCACUGAAUGCCGACCAAGAAGGAACCAUACACGCGCAGUCGCAGGAGACCGGUGUCUCUACCCUGCGAGCCGAGUGUGUCCUCGAAGAUCCCCAGGGACUACCAGUCGUUGAGAUGGGAGGUGUCAAGCUGUCGAGGUACAUGGGGAGGGUAGCCCAGGAGGACGUGAGCGCCGACCCUCAUUUGGACCGACACCCGGUAUUGCGGGUACAGUGGAAACCAGAUAUCACCCGACUCGCGUCCGAUGCCAUACCACGACUGGAGGCUUACAUUGAAGACUUCGUCGGAAGGGAUGCUAGGCCGACUGGCGAACAGGUGGUUACUGCCACGAUUGGAGCCUUACUGGACCUCGCAGGUCACAGAAACCCUCGAAUGCAUCUCGUAUCGGUCGGUACAGGAAGUGAACAUACGGCUGGGCCUUGGUUGGAUAUUUUAGGCCAUGGGACUGCUUUUCCACGCCUCCGAUCCUGGCAGUCGCUGCGGCCGGUCGACACAGACCGGCUCGCCGCCGAUAACUCGAAACAGGACACGUACGAUGUCCUGGUCCACGAGGAAAACGAAUCCCAGGGUCUCUGGGGCUGCGCCCCUCACCCACUCAUAUCUCUCGUCAAAGAGAGUGGCAUUAUCAUCACUCGCAAUUCCGAUGCCGCCUUGGCCGAGCUAGAAGGUGCGAACUUUUCGACAACGGUUAUAAAGGACCAGGUGAUUCUAGCCGUGCGUAUGACGGAACGGAAGAUUUUGAAUGGGCAAAGCGUGCUGCUUUUAGGCCGCAAGACGUCUCCCACUUUGGAACGACUAUUCCUGAAGCUAAAGAGUCUCUUAAUGAGGUCCGGGGCCGGGAAGGUCGACGCCGUUUACCUGGAUCAGCUUUCGACCGCAACACUGUCCGGGGAAACGGUGUGCAUCUCGUUGCUAGAGAUUGUGGAGCCAUUCGUCGCCACCUUGAGUCAGAAUGACCUGGAACUGCUACAGGGUCUGACAAGCACCGUGAAUGAAAUCUUCUGGCUGACAGGAGCAGAUAUGCUAGGCGCUCCGAAUCCCGACCUAACUCUAGUUCGCGGCCUGGCCCGGGCUCUGAUGGUUGAGCAGCCCUCGCUCCGGUUGACCGUCAUGGAUGUCGGGUCGCUUGAGGCGCUUUCUUCCGACUUAUCGAGUUCUUGCGACAUGCUAAUUCAGGUGUUGCAGAGCCACCGUGACGCUGACGAUACAGAGUUCAUUAUUUCCGAUGGUCUGCUCUACAUCAGCCGCUUCGAGCCUGACAUCGCUAUCAACUCCCUUUUUCGACGCCGCACCUCUCGGAACCACAGGCCACAGGGCAAAACACCGCUCUCGGCGGCACAGCCUGCCACGUUAUCCAUCGGCACGGCCGGUCUUACAGAUACGAUCUACUUUCGGCAUCUCAGUGAGCCCUACACGGCACCUCCCGUGGGCUACAUCGACGUACAAAUCAAAGCGGUCAGUUUGAAUGCGAAGGACGUCUACACGAUGAGCGGACAUGUCGAGACGAGAACCGGAACGUCUGCAAUCGAGUUUGGCGGGUUGGUUACGGCGGUUGGCCCAGGUGUACGCCAUCUGCAACCGGGAGACCGAGUCGUUGUGCUCAUGCCAAACGAUUUUUCGACGACAGCUCGCGUUCCUUCUUGGACUGCGCAUAAGCUGUUACCGGGAGAAGAACUCACGGUAAUGGCGACUUUGCCGACGAUAUAUUGCACAGCACUGUACGCUAUCCAGAACCGCGCUCAUUUACGUAGCGGUGAGUCAAUAUUGGUGCAUUCCGGUGCUGGCGCUCUGGGGAUCGCUGUGAUUGCCAUUGCACAGCGCGCCGGUGCGGUCGUGUAUACCACCGCCGGCUCAGAAGCAAGGAGGAAGUUCCUCGUCGAUGCUCUCGGUAUACCUGCCGGCCACGUGUUCAACUCCCGAGACGACUCAUUCACGACCGGAAUUGAGACAGUUACGAAAGGACGUGGUGUUGACGUCGUCGUUAACUCGUUGGUCGGAGAUCUCAUGCAUGCGAGCUGGCGCUGUCUGGCCCCGUUUGGUCGCUUCGUGGAAGUGGGCAAGCGCGAGAUAGUCGACAACGGAAUGUUGGAAAUGCACCGUUUUGCCCGCAGUACGACCUUCACGGCAUUCGACUUGUCGGAGAUGUUCUUCCAAGAAGGCGAGUACUACGAAGGCCUGUUAGCUGGCCUGGUCAGGGACGUAUUCGAGAUGUACCGCUCAGGUCAGAUCCGACAGGUACCUACCACGACGUUCGAUGUAUCCCAGAUUGCGGAAGCGUACCGGUAUUUCUCCUCCAAGGAUCGUAUUGGAAAGAUCGUCGUGUCUCUCGAAGACCAAGAGAGCCUCUUAUCGGUCGCACCUUCGAGAUUCAUGAGCAUCUUCAACUCAGAAAAAGUGUACCUGCUUGUGGGUGCGCUCGGGGGCUUGGGACAGAGCUUAACGCAAUGGAUGAUGUCCAGAGGCGCAAAGAGGUUUGUUUUUCUCCAAAGGUCCGGAUGUGACAAGCCAGGGACCCGGGAGUUCGUGGAUCACCUUCAACGAGCAGGCGCGCUGUUGACUGUUGUCAAAGGUGACGUGACCGUCUUGGACGAUGUUGCGGCAAGCGUUGCAGCCUGCAGAGCUCUCGGGGGACCUCUAGGUGGCGUAGUACAAGCGGCAAUGGGCCUCCACGAAGAUCUUUUUAGCCGCAUGACCAGCGUCAGCUGGCAUGCGAGCGUACGACCGAAAUGGGCUGGCACAUGGAACCUUCACGCUGCUAUCGACGGCUAUGACGAGUCUCUCGACUUCUUCUUGAUGACAUCUUCAAUGAAUGGAACAGUGGGCUUACCUACGGAGAGCAAUUACUGCGCUGCGAACGCGUUUCUUGAUGCCUUCGCAUUCUGGCGCAGGAGCCAAGGAAAACCUGCCACGUCCUUGGGGUUGGGAAUGAUUUCCGAAGUGGGAUACGUUCAUCAGAACCCCGACAUCGAGGCGCUCCUGUUACGAAGGGGCACCCAACCGCUGAGUGAGGAUGAUUUCCUCCAGCUUGUUGAUCUUUCCCUUGGAGGAGCCGGGACACAACACAUGAACUCAUUUUCUGAGAUGCCGGCUCAUAUGCUUUCUGGACUGGAGACUACCGGCAUCCGCAAGUUCUUUGAACAGGGGUUCGAAGUGUCCCAUUCGGUGAUCAAUGACCCUCGCUCGUCCAUCUUGGCGGCAGCGUUAGAGGCCAGCCGAGAUGCAGCAGGACGGAGUCAGGAUAAGACCUCGGAUAUCGACGAACUAGUGAUGAGGAUCCCAUGGCUCAAAGGCCUACCAAAAGGCGCUUCUACCGUUCUUGGAGCAGAGAAGAACGCGACGACAUUGAAGGAGUCCAUACUGUCAGCUUUACGGCGGCGGUUCUCACACCUCUUGCUCACGCCGAUGGACAACAUCGAUAACAAAAGACCCUUUGCACAGUUUGGGAUCGACAGCAUGAUUGCAGCUGAGUUCCGAACAUGGCUCUGGAACUCAUUCAAGGUCGAUGUGCCCUUCCUUGACCUUUUGAGUCAUCAUGAGUCCUUGGGUACUGUCGCAGAGUUCAUCGAAGAACAAUUGCUAAAAACAUGA